AUGGAGGAAAGACACAAAAGGAUUCUCCAACGCAAUAGGGUCAAUCUCGUGAGAGGCCUGGACCCAUCAGAAAUGUAUGAUGGACUUCUGUCAAAAGGAAUCUUUACUCAAGACAUGAUCGACGAGAUAAAGGUAGGGUGUGAUGGUAUUCUGCUUGACUAUUAUUGUCUGUCUUGCAAGAAUCCCGAUUCAUGAUAGACAUCAUCAUGAUUAGGCUAUCCUCAUUCCCAUGCUUUUGCACACAGCAAAGUCUGGUGUGUGAGACUAUGAACAGGCUACCUGAAUUCUAAGCAUGCAUCAUAUGCUACUUUCAGUUCUCACAAGCCCAUGCGUUGUUCCUCUAUUUCAGAGCUCAGGAACCAGACGAGACCAAGCCAGACAGUUGGUUCGAGACCUGGAGACCCGUGGGAGUCAGGCGUUCCCAGCUUUAAUAGAGUGCCUUCGUGAGAAAGGGCCGCAUAGUUUGGCAGAUCUCCUGUUGGCGGGGGAACCACAGAGCCAGCCUCUACCUCUGCCUGUCCAUGUCCGGCCAGUCGUUAGGCCUUUGCCAGUUUGUAAGUAUGCCUAUGUGGUUAAAUAUAAUGUAUCACUCAUUGCAAUGUCGGUCCAUACUACUGAAAUGUUCAUAUUUGCUUUGGAUUUUGCUCUAUUUUGACAGACUCUCAUAUGGACACUGACAAGCCUGUACAAGUGGUAACCCCUGUCUAUCCAACUCAAUCAGUUAGGCCUUUGCCUAUUACCCCUGUCUGUCCAAGUCAAUCAGUUAGACCUUUGCCUACGCCUACCACUCUCAGUCCAUGUAAGUGAAUACAACAAUUUUCUGUAAGUACUUUGACAUAUGUCUCUGAAUAUUCAAGUAUAAAAGUGGUGAUGUUUAUUACAGCCCCUGAAAGGGAGUUUGGAAAACACAGGGCAACAGGAAGAGUUAGACGUGACAGUAUUCAGGUAAGUUAUCUUGCCUUUUGGCUCUAUAUACUGUAGGCUAAAUAUAGCAUCCGUUCCCCAUUGUGGUUAUCGACAGUACUCUCCAAAGGAGUUGGUGUAUCUCAGUUCUGUUGAAUUUAACUUCACAAAUUAUGCUAUAUAAAUCCACAUACUGUAUCUUGCCUCGUCAAGAUUGCAACAAGUCCAAAUUUGAGUCUAACCAGUUCCCUAAUUUUAUAGUUUGGAUAUACUGUGGAAUCAAUGCAUUCUUUGCUUUUAUGCUCUCUCAGAGUUAUAAGAUGGAUGCCAGCCCCUGUGGACACUGCCUGAUCAUAAACAAUGUCGAUUUUGAGCCUCAGUCAGAGCUGAAUAACCGCACAGGGUCCAACAUAGACUGCGACAAACUGGAGAGAAGAUUUAAAUCCCUCAACUUUAUUGUCCUUGUCAAGACAAACCUGAAACAGAAGGUGAGGAUUUCCUCAGCUACUCUCUUUUAUAUCUAUUCAUGUUUAACUUAGAUACUGGCCAAAUGAUCUAAUGCUUACAUUAAUCACUAUAUUUCAGCAAAUAAGGCAGGAGCUAUCAGCUUUGUCCAAGAAGGAUCAUUCACAAUAUGACUGCUGUGUAGUGAUCAUGUUAUCACAUGGGACGGAGGUAAGAGACUCCUUCUAUCCUUUUACAAAUGCAUAGAAAGAGUAGAAAGGUUUGUCUUUCAGGAGAUGAAUAAUGUUAUUGCAUUUCAUUGCAUAUUUUCAGGUAAGUCACAAUCGCUUCCCUGGUGCAGUGCAUGGAGUGGACGGGCCCAAUGUCCCAGUUCAGCGCAUCACAAACUACCUCAAUGGUCAGAACUGCCCUUCCCUACAGGGCAAGCCCAAGCUCUUCUUCAUCCAGGCCUGUGGUGGAGGUAAGACAACUUAACUGCAGGAGUUGCUUAUGCUUAGUUAUUAGUUAGUACUUCUUAUGCAGCACUGUAACAACAAGGUUAUGAAUGUGUUGUAAUACUAGUCUGUACACUGGGUUACAUCGCCAACAGUGGAGGAAAUAUUUUGGGGAAACCAGUCUCGCUCCUCGCUCUGCCAGUCACCACACCGGAUUCUCAUUCGAGAAACCUAGAACGGCUGGAGUCCAGGCUAGGAUACUAAUAUGUAGAUGGGAUGUUACUAUGUCCAUUAACUAUGUCCAUUAUGUUCAUGAUCUAUAUCUCCAAAAAAUAUAAUACAUUUGAUAUAACUUGUAUAAUGUUCUAUGCGAUGUGGUAUGGCAGGUGAGAGAGACACAGGCUUUGAGGUGACUCCUGACGAGGAUGGGCCUUGUAUUGGAGGAACAGAUGACCAGACGGAUGCCAUGCCCAUAUCCUCCAGCAGUGACUCUCUGAGCACUCCGUCUGAUGAGCCAGACGCUAGGGCCACACUGCCCACACCGAGCGACAUACUGGUGUCCUACUCCACCUUCCCAGGUGUGUGUGGGGGAGGGAGUGUGUGUAUGUGCACGUGUGUGUGUGUGUGUUGCUCUCAAAUACAAUACUUCUUUGUGGUGAUCAAUCCCAGAAAGUGUCAUUAGUAUGUCUGUCGCCCUGAUAGCUGUUUGUCUGUGUGACAGGUUACGUCUCCUGGAGAGAUACAAAAGCUGGCUCCUGGUAUGUAGAAACACUGGAUAACAUCUUAGAAGACAAUGCUGCCACUGAUGACCUGGUCACCAUGUUAAUGAUGGUGAGUUUGUUGUUGUUUUAAUAUCGUAAAAAAAUUGACAAUACAUUUAAAAUAUAUAUGUAUUUAUUUUGAACGGCAGUAAGGAUUUUCUCUUAUGAAGCUAUCAAUGUGUUUUUGUGUGUUCAGGUAAACCAUGACGUUUCACAGAACUCAGCCAAAGGCCUCUACAAACAAAUGCCUGGUUCCUUUAACUUUCUCCGCAAACUUCUCUACUUUCAAGUCCAGAGACCAAUCCAGGCAUGACAGCACAGUUUCACUCUCAGUCUCUUCGUGUGCCAUACAUUUUUUUUUUUUUUUUUCCUCUAUCAAUGUUUAUUUGGAUAUCGAACAGGAAGACCAAGAUUGUAAUUGUAUGUUGUUUGUUCUUUUAAAAUGUUCUUUCUUUUCUUGUUUUUACACUCAAAAUGUUUGCGCUUACCAGAUUGCAAAAUCUUUGUGACAAUCAAAAACAUUGUAAUCAGUGAAAACCAAUGGUUUGCCUUGAGGAAGCUCUCUGCAAAAUAUUAAUCAGGACUGCACCCUCUAUAACCACUGAUUAUUAUUUGAUUGUGCUGGUCAUCUAUGAACCUUUGAACAACGAUUUGGCCUUAAUGGCCAUGUACUCUUAUAAUCUCCACCCGGCACAGCCAGAAGAGGACUGGCCACACCUCAGAGCCUGGUUCCUCUCUAGGUUUCUUCCUAGGUUCCUGCCUUUCUAGGUAGUUUUUCCUAGCCACCAUGCUUCUACAUCUGCAUUUCUUGCUGUUUGGGGUUUUAGGCUGGGUUUCUGUAUAAGAACUUUCUGCUGAUUUGACGACCUUUACUUUUAGCCAGAAAAUCUAUUGUUUAUAAUAUGUUAUUUUCAUCUUGAGAGAAUUCGUUUUAGGUGAAUGGGUAUUAAUGUACUGUAUAUGAAUGAUCUGAUGUCCAAAUGUAAUUGUGUAAUGCUAUGUUCUGGUCGUAUUUCUACACAGUUUUAAUUUUUUUAUUUAAAGGUUACCGUUGCAUUCACUCAAUUGAAUGAGAUACUGUAGAGUUGACUGACUCACUAUGUCUGUAGCCUAAUGUCUGUAGCCAUAGUCAAUUGCCAUUUUUACCUCAGUUGUCCUUUGCCCGAAUAUAAUGAUGCAAACGCUAGAACCUAUCAUUGGAGUAUCUUGGCUGGAAGCCAUGCAUAUUUGGCUGCACUAGUGGAGAGAGCUUCUUGGGGAAGAAUUCACAUCUAGAAAUAAAGAUAGUACUGCUAAUGUGUCUAUUACAUUUGAAUACUUCACACAGUAGAAGUUGAAGAAUAUAAUGGUAAUUGUCCAAUAGAUGGAGUCUGUGAGUCAGAUAUUGAGGAUUUGGCCUGUGUACAGUAUCUAUGAUGCCAAACAGUGUUUCACAAUACAUAAAGACCCAUCUGUAAUGGUGGAUGAUUUUCAUUUAUAUUCCAAAUCACACCAUUGUGGAUUCAGAGGUCUGCAACACAAAUAAUCCUUUGUGUUUCUUGAAUCCAAGAGAAUAAAAAUAAUAUAUUUAUUUUAUAUAGCGCUUUUCAAUACAUAUAAAUGUAUUUAGAAAACAAACAGAAAUACCUUAUUUUCAGAAGUAUUCAGACCCUUUGCUAUUAGACUCGAAAAUGAGCUCAGGUGCAUCCUGUUUCCAUUGAUCAUCCUUGAGAUGUUUCUACAACUUGAUUGGAGUCCACCUGUGGUAAAUUCAAUUGAUUGGACAUGAUUUGGAAAGGCACACACCUGUCUAUAUAAGGUCCCACAGUUGACAGUGCAUGUCAGAGCAAAAACCAAGCCAUGAGGUUGAAGGAAUUGUCCGUAGAGCUCCGAGACAGGAUUGUGUCGAGGCACAGAUCUGGGGAAGGGUACCAAAAAAUGUCCGCAGCAUUGAAGGUCCCCAAGAACACAGUGGCCUCCAUCAUUCUUAAAUAGAAUACGUUUUGAACCACCAAGACUCUUCCUAAGAGCUGAACGCCCGGCCAAACUGAGCAAUCGGGGGAGAAGGGCCUUGGUCAGGGAGGUGACCAAGAACCCGAUGGUCAAUCUGACAGAGCUCCAGAGUUCUUCUGUGGAGAUGGGAGAACCUUCCUGAAGGACAACCAUCUCUGCAGCACACCACCAAUCAGGCCUUUAUGGUAGAGCGGCCAGACGGAAGCCACUCCUCACAAAAGGCACAUGACAGCCCUCUUGGAGGUUGCCAAAAGGCACCUAAAGGACUGUCAGACCAUGAGAAACAAGAUUAUCUGGUCUGAUGAAACCAAGAUUGAACUCUUUGGCCUGAAUGUCAAGUGUCACGUCUUGAGGAAACCUGGCACCAUCCCUACGGUGAAGCAUGGUGGUGGCAGUAUCAUGCUGUGGGGAUGAUUUUCAGCGGCAGGGACUGGGAGACUAAUCAGGAUGAGGGAAAGAUGAACGGAGCAAAGUACAGAGAGAUCCUUGAUGAAAACCUGCUCCAGAGUGCUCAGGACCUCAGACUGGGGCGAAGGUUCACCUUCCAACAGGACAAUGACCCUAAGCACACAGCCAAGACAAUGCAGGAGUGGCUUUGGGACAAGUCUCUGAAUGUCCUUGAGUGGCCCAGCCGGAGCCCGGACUUGAACCCGAUUGAACAUCUCUGGAGAGACCUGAAAAUAGCUGUGCAGCGACGCUCCCCAUCCAACCUGACAGAGCAUGAGAGGAUCUGCAGAGAAGAAUAGGAGAAACUCCCCAAAUACAGGUGUGCCAAGCUUGUAGCGUCAUACCCAAGAAGACUCGAGGCCGUAAUCGGUGCCAAAGGUGCUUCAACAAAGUACUGAGUAAAGGGUCUGAAUAAUUAUAUAAAUGUGAUAUUUCAGUUUUUAAUUUUUUAUACAUUUGCAAACAUUUCUAAAAACCUGUUUUUGCGUUGUCAUUAUGGGGUAUUGUGUGUAGUUUGAUGAGGGGAAAAAAACUAUUUAAUACAUUUUAGAAUAAGGCCGUAAAGUAACAAAAUGUGGAAAAAGUCAAGGGGUCUGAAUACUUUCCGAAUGCACUGUAGAUAGUAGGCCUACAGCCAGGAGAAAUGUCAGUCAGACCACAGGAGCUCUUCAACAGGCACAUUGACAUCUACGAUGUUCAGUUCAUCUCUGUAGGUAGGCUGGAUCGUCAACUCCCGACUGUAACAGUGCCAGAAAAGAUCACCACACCUUGGUAGUAUCAGGGAACAGUCCCUUCAAGUUUUAUUAGUCGUAUGUACAGGAUUAACAUGGUAUACAUUGCACAACUAAAUGCAUACUUGCAGGUUCCUUCUUGACAAUGCAACAACAAUAAGAAAUAAAAGAUAAGAACACUAACAUAAAGUAAAUGGCUUAGUAGAAUAGAAUAAUAAUUUUAGCAUAAGUAUAAUACGUGAAGGCACAAUGUAUAUUUACAUCUGCUUUGGGGAAGGGGGGAUUGGGGUGUUUAAAUUGUGCAGUAUUAGCAAUAGUAAAUACAAGUCUGGUAGCAGCAAGUGUGUGUGUGUGUAUGAGUGUAUGUUUGUGUGCGUGAGUGAGUGCAUGUGUGCUAAGGUGCGGAGAGUCAGUGCAGGUGGUCAGUCCAGUUCAAGUGUUCAGAAGUAUGAUGGCUAGUAGAUAGAAAUUGUCUCUGAGUCUGUUGGUAUCAGACUUCAUGCUCCAAUAUCGUCUGCCCGACGGUAAGGGAAUGAACAGCUCGGGGCUUGGGUGUGUGGGGUCCUUGAUGAUGCUCUGCAGGACUUCCUCAGGCAAUGUUUUGAGUAGAUGUCCUGGAUGGGUGGGAGCACGGUCACAGUGAUGUACUGGGCCGUCUUCAGCACCCGCUGGAGAGCCUUGUGGUUGUGGACGGAGCAAUUCCCAUACCAGUCCGUGAUGCAACCGGUCAGGACGCUCUCGAUGGUUCAGUAUUUGGAGAAGACCUGGCGUGGCAUGCCAGAUUUCUUCAGCCGCCUUAGGAAGUAGAGGCGCUGUUGCGCCCUCUUGUCAAGAGUAAUGGUGUUCUUGGUCCAUGUCAAGUCCUUGGUGAUGUGGAUGCCGAGGAACUUAAAACUGCUGACUCUCUACUGCAGUCCUGUUGAUGUGGAUCGGAUUAUGUUCCCUUCUCUGCUUCCUGAAGUCAACAAUCAACUCCUUUGUUUUGCUGACGAUGAGGGAGAGGUUGUUGUCCUGGCACCACAAUGCCAGUUCACUUACCUCCUCCCUAUAGGCUGACUAGUUUUCGUUGGUUAUCAGGCCUACAACCAUGGUGUCGUCAGCAAACCUGAUUAUGGAGUUGGUGUCGUGCAAAGCCACGCAGUCAUGGGUGAACAGGGAGUACAGCAGAAGGCUGAGGACACACCCCUGGGGGUGCCCUGUGUUAAGAGUCAGUGUGGAGGAGGUGUUGUUACCAAUCCUCAAAGUCUGUGAGCUGCCCGUCAGGAAGUCCAGAAUCGAGUUGCAGAGGGUGGUGUCCAGGCCCAAGGAUCUGAGCUUGGUGUCGAGCUUGGAGGGAACAAUAGUGUUGAAUUCACAGCAUUCUCACAUAGGUGUUCCUCUUGUCCAGAUGUGUUAGGGCCGUGUGAAUAGCGAUGGAAAUUGAAUCUUUCGUGGAUCUGUUGGAGCGGUAGGCAAAUUGGAGUGGGUCCAGUGUGCCUCGCAUGCACUACAGACGAGCCUGUAGUCUCUCAUCCUGCACACUGCUUUCAACCUCAUAGGAACUGGGGCAGGUGAAAAGCCAAGGAAGAGCAGAGGAGCCAGCUCUAACCCUGGAGCAGAUCACAACUUGCAGUAGAUGUAUUUUUGUGUUCAUAUAAUGGUGGCGUGCAAUGCAGCUUACUACAACUUUGGCACCUGAAUUCAAUGUAACUUUGGUUCCACAUUACACUGGCUCAUGCAUAUGCAUUACAUGCAGGUACAGUGCAAUUAUAGUGUAGUUACACUGUACCAUGCAUGCCUAUGUAACUACACAUAUAUCUUGUGUUAAUCAGUGUUGUUGCAGCCUAGCCUUUGAGAGGGAGUGAAAACAUAGUGGAACGAGCUGCAACUGAAAUUGCCAGGGUUAAACUCUUAAUUGACAGCAGCUGCUCUCUAUGAACACUUGAGAUGGAGGAGUUCUUGGUACCAAUUAUGGAUGUGAAUGAACACAAACAUAAAUCCACUGUAAGUAAAUGCUCUCUUUGUAAGUGUUCUGAGGAUGGAGCAUGUGAUUGGAAAUAGCCAGACCUGGCCUAUUUGCUUCAGGCCUAAAGGUUAGGAGGCUUAGUAGUUAAUCUGUAGGCUCGAACUGUUAGAGAAAGUCUCUUUUUGUUUGCAAUGGUGUCCAGUAACACACUUUUUUCAGUUAUUGUUAAAUUGUUACUCUAGGCUUACACUAUUAUCAUUUUAGAAAAGUGCAUGCUUCAUGAUAGUUUUGUGUAUUGAUUUCAUGAAGAAUAGUAUGUUUGUAAUGUACUGUUAAUCACAUAUAUUAAUUAUCUGAUAUGCAGUGGAGAAACGUCAUCAAGCCUUCAUGAUGGGCAACAAGGGCAACUGAUUCAAGGGCAACUGAUUCGAGAUCAACAGAGGGCGCUGAUGUGCAGACUUCACCUGCAUCAAGGUAGGCCUAAGCCACUGGUGCAAACUUUCCACCUAGACCUACAGGCUACAGUAAUGUCAACUGGAAUAGUUAAUGCAUCAAAGGUAAAGUGAUCCGCAUCGUGUAGUAUCAAAACAUAGCUCUUCCCCCAAACCACUUUUGGUUUGGAUGGUGGUGAUGCAUGACAAAAGCGCGCCACACGUCUUUGGCGGGCAUGAGAGUAGAUCUAAAAUACAUGCCUCGAGGGCAUCGUUCUGUGACCAGUCAAGUGAUUAGAAAAAGUCUAACAUUUGCAUCCGAGUGGGUUUUGAAUUGGUGAGUAAUUUAACGUGAUUAUGCAUAAUUAUUCAUCUUUACAUUAAAUCCAAUGUAUGAUCCAAUUCAAUUUGUUAAUUUAACCGUGUAGCCUAAAACACAUUUUAAACCAAUGUGGUUGUUUUAAAACUGUAAAGCAAAAUAUGUUCUAGGUGCCAUCUCCUCACGGAGUGAUUAAGACCGCCUAUCAGCAGCACUCCCUGAAUUCCAUUCCGCCUUUUACGCAGGGCAGUGGCUCGUGUGUCUCAAUAGCAUCAGACUUCCCAGUGACUCACUGACUUGCGCUGGAAUUACAAGUCUAAGUUUCUGAGUGCAAAGGAUAGUGUGUCCGAAGUGACGCAAACCGAUCUAUCUCUUUCACGGCACUUUUGAUAAAUAUUUGUGUUCUGUUUCCAUAACAAAACGCACAAAGGGAUAAUUUUCUGUUGAUGAAGUCCCACCGCGUGUGGGACGUAGAAAGUGUAGAGGUGCACCCUUACAUUACUUCAGUGGCCAGAAGUGAAGGACUUUGAUUUUCCUUUCCCAAGCAUUUGCAGCCUGUGCUGGGUUGCUGGAAAAUGGGCACGCGGAUCGAAAAGGUCACUGGACUUAUCGUCUCGUUGAUAUUUACCUGUCAUCUGAUGAAU